ACCACACACACACACACACACACACAAGCAGCUGGAGUGAAAAUGGCCGGCCAGGAGGAUCCAGUGCAGCGUGAAAUCCACCAGGAUUGGGCGAAUCGCGAGUAUAUCGAAGUGAUUACGAGCAGCAUCAAGAAAAUCGCCGACUUCCUCAACUCUUUCGAUAUGUCCUGCAGGUCCCGUUUAGCCACGCUGAACGAGAAGCUCACUGCCCUGGAGAGAAGGAUUGAGUACAUCGAGGCCAGAGUUACAAAAGGGGAAACGCUGACCUAACCUCCCUGAUGCUGAGGACGAGACAAAAUGGCCACACGUCUUUCUUUCUUUUCCUUUUUUCCCCCCCUAAAUGUACUUAUUCACCUUAAAUAACCAAGCGACUGUUUUUUCGAGGAGCAUUUUUAAAGCCCCAGUUAGGAACUGCUGACAAUGCUGCGCCGCUUUGGGACUCAAAAAGGGAAGUCGAGGUAUUGUACGGUUAAAAAAACAACGGUUCCGGUCUGGCUCUAGCAGUUCCUCACUGCGGCUUUAACGCGUGGGACCAUCCUUCACGUGUGACCAUUUCAAUUUCCCACAAUUUCUGCCUCAGUAUUGAACAUCUGGGUUUUUUAAUUAUUAUUAUGUCGAAAUCUUCAUUUGACUUGUUAUUACUGUCUCUGUGGUGACUGCACUCCAUCGUAAUCCUGAGUAAAAUUGAGCAAGUGGGUGAUUCAGACACUAAACAUAGAUAUCAGAUAAAACGAGCGAGUUCGACAUCAAAAUGGUUAGUUUUUUUCUAAAAAAUGUUCUAAAACAAAAAAUGGAGUUUGUUUACUCUGCACCGUACGUCAGUGACCGGUUUCUGUACAUAUUUUGUAAGUGUUGGAAGGCAACAGCCUGCGUUGGCAGAAACACCCCUGUGCCCUGUGACGGUUUCUCACGCAAUAGCACACAUCUUCACACGGCGAGGGCGAGCGUGCGGGCCGAGAGGCGGGACGAGUUACUCAAGUGCCAAUUAUCGAUGGUGCGGACGUGCCGGCGGCCUCUCCACUGCUGACUUUGUGUUUUAAUGCUCAUUCUUUGAUGUAUCGUGGUUUAAAGAGUAAUAAUAAACAUGUUACAUAACUGUA